UGCAGUCCUUCAGUGUUCACUUCCUGUUCAGUGACUGCGGUGAGUUCAGUUCAGUUUGACAAGAAGAAACUUUACAACAAACAGCCUAUGUCUGUGUUUGAAGUAUCUAGCGCCACCAGCAGGCCCAUCACUGCGGUGGCAUGGGCAUCUAACGGGACCACCUGCCCCAGUCAUUUCACCCUGGUCAGUCUCACUGAAGAUGGCGUCUCCGCUAACUUCAGUCGGGGGUUUGGACUCAAAUCAGGAUACUUUAUGUGUUACAGCAAGGAUCUGUCUGGAGGGAUGGUCGUGGCAGAUGUGCAGGUGAUUUCUGAUAAAGAGACGAUUCCUCACGGAUACUGCUACAUCCCAGAAUACCUGGAGCCCAAGGCAUCUGUUGGGAAGAAGAAGCGUGUCUGUGUGCGGAUUGUUCCUGUGGGCAGCAUUACAACAGCAGUUCUAGAGCUCAGACUGACGGCCAAGAACAAGACCAUGCUGCAGCAGUACACCUGCCUGGGGGACAUGAAUGGAUUUAUUGUCUGGUGUUUAAAGGGCCCGUUCUCCACUCCAGUGCCUCAGGCCAAGCCUCGUAGUGUUAGUCUGGACUUGAGAAGUCUCUCACUAGAUGGAGCUGGACCACCACUGCCUCUCAAACCCAGCAACCAUCCUGCUGCCCCCCCAAAGGUCAGUCGACGUCGCAGUAACCUAGAAACGAGCAAGUCAUUGGAGGUGGUGUCCGACAGCGGUAACCAUAGUAACAUCUAUGGUAUAACAGCGAUGGAUGGAGUUCCUUUCAUUCUACACCCGAAGUUUGAGUCGAACACAAAGGUGUCUAUAAGUUCAUUGUGUGAUAUCCGGAUAAAAUCAGUGCUGGACAUUGAGAACGAGUAUAACUACACAUUUGCAGUGGAAGAACUGGCAUCAAAGAGAAUCCGUCCAUCGGUGACAAACUGAGACAAACUCUUGUGUCAGAAGGCAUUUGAUCAGUGAUAUUUGGUGCUUUUCUGCUGCAGUUUUUUCUUCCUCAUCGGUCACUCUAAUUCUUGUUUCAUUAUGUGGGUUGGUUAAACAUGAAGGAUUGUCUGUAUCCAGACUCAUAAUGUUGCUAUAAGCUUUCCAUGUGUUACUGAUGUGUCUUAAAAACACCCACAGGCAAAUCAAAGCGCCUGCUUACUACAGAUAUGUUAUUUUAUAAGUGUAAAGCCAAAACAGGGUUUCGAACGAUAUUUGAGUUUUUACAUAACUUCACACUAAUAUUCUUUAUUUAUCUUAUAAAAUAGGCUAUAUAUAAAUUUCUGAAAUGGUGGGACCAAACGUGUAUGUUCUUUGUAUUGUACUUGCAUCUUUUGACUAUUUUUAUAUAUCUGAUCAUUACUCUAUGGUGCUUUGUGAGUUCUUUAAAUCACAUUUCUACUUGCUCUGCUGAAAUCUGCUUUUUUGUGGAAAUUGGCUAAAAUGUUCUUAAUCAGAUUUCGUCUGAAUAAAUGAAUAGAUUUAAA